GCUAUAAAUAAAAAUGCAUUCCACACCGUCAUUGAGAUAAUUUCCGUUGCUCUUUAUUCAGCGAUAUGACGUACUAAUAUACUAUGAGCAUAUUAGGGAAGUAACCCUGGGACCUAACAAAUAAGGAGGUAAUGCCAAGUCUGGGGUCAGAGAAUGUUGGCAAAUUCAGGAAGCUGUUUCUGUGUUGACUAAGACUACAUCAUACGGAACACGAAAGAAACAGGACUCUGUCUCGGUAAUAAAGCGUAGAAACGACAUGUUUGGUGUUUCUCUUUGUUCCAUCGGGCUGCUACUUAUUGCCCUCAUUCACACCGCUGUAACCAAAGAACACCUCGUGAUGGGGGGAGUGGGUCACACAGUUAUCCUGCCAUGUCUCUCGUCUUUGGAGGGAUCCUGCUCAGACAUACGAUGGUUUCAUAACAAGAAAAGUGGUACAACCCGUGUCGCUAGUAUCUCCAGAAGAGAAGAUUCAAACACUGGUAGAUUUAACAUUGUGUCUAAUUGUUCCUUACACAUCAACAACAUCACCGAAGUGGAUGUCGGAAUAUAUUGGUGCAGUAAAGAUCAGGAUGACUUGCAAUAUCUGUCUCUUAUCACUGUUUCCUCCCAGCUGAGGUCUCGAAUGUUCCCCGGAGCCAACGUUACCUUAAGCUGUAGUCUGGUCACGUUCGAGGGGUCUGGUUGGUGUUUCAGCCCUCUGUAUCAAGGUAUGUCUCUCAAGUGGCAGGAUGAUAAUCGACCGGACUACAUCCUCGCCGAACAGAGGAUCAACAGAUGUGCUGUCCGGCUGAAUGUCAUCCUUCAGCCGGACAGCCGCUUCAGCUGCCUGGCUUUGGUCAACCGCCAGGUCAAGAACAGGGUGGAGUUCCCCGUCCGUAUCCGAGUUAAGGGAAGAGGCCUUCCCAUGCCUAACUCAGAAAACGACGAUCAAGGUCAUGAUGGGGGAUCCAAUGUAGCUGACGGGGACGGUGGCAACAGAGAGGUGAUCAUCUCUAUGGCAGUAGUGGGCUGUGCCAUGACAUUGGUGCUGGCUCUGAUCCUAAUGAAGAAAAAGAAGAAGAAGAGGAAACCAAAUGACCAGCUUGUUGCCCGUACAGAGACUCCCCUGAAUGAUAAUACUGUAAUAAAUGCUGAUGUGGCUGCCACUGCAGAGGAUGUCACCUACGCUGACGUAACGUUUACCAGCAUGGCGGACAGGAAGUGGGAGACAGGGAGUGAAGACACCGUUUAUGCUGGCAUACAACCCAUCGGUCGUUUUUAAAACUGCAUGUAAGAUGUGCUAUGGUCCCUGAUCAGUCCAUACCACUAUGAUAUAACCCGGCCACUACAUCACAUUUCAUCUAAAAUAAUUUGUUUUAGGCAGGCCCGCCACUCUCUAUACGCAGAGUACGCAGAGUGCGUAGGGCAGAAAGUACCUGG